CAGACAGGGAUCCAUUUUUUAAUACACUGCCUUUAGGACCCUGCAGACUCCAAAGCGCACAUGGCGAUAUGUUGCUGCUCGGGUUCUGGGGAGGGAAUGCCAAGUCGGCUGCUUCACUUCACUUCACUCUACUCUCCAACAUCCUCUCCUCCUCCAGCCGGCGUUUUCUGUCACAAGCCUCCAAAGAGCAACAACACAUCCGCUCAAAACAACACUGAUCCGACUCGCGUGUCUGUGCGUCUGUGUGGCUGCCUGUCUUAAUGUGGGGAAGGAAAACUUUCUGACAGCUGCUUGCUUUUCGCUGGAGUCGUGAGGCGUUUUUUACCCCCAUUAAAAAGACAGAAAGAAAUUAAUCCUUGAAUCGACUGAAGUGUUUUAACUCCGCCCGGGGUGUCUGGUGGAGGUGCGCCGUGUCGCCGCGGUCUGAGCCGAGUGUUUGCGCCCCGGCUCCACCCCACCGAGCCCCGUCCACGAUGAGAACCUGGAGGCGGCGGAGGAACUUCGGCUCUCUGACCCUGGCUCUGCUCCUCUGGAGCCUGACCACAGCUGCAGGAAACUCUGAGGUUCACAACAGAACAGAGGGAAUUUCUCCAGACAAGGCUGAACAGCAGGACGAGUUAACCAAACCACGCCGUGAGACCACCGUACCUCUGUUGCUAAAGGGGUUGGAGCGCAGACCUCUCAGCCAGCUCAGAUCUGGGAUCUACCCUGCGUCACUCCAGCUGGUGGUACGUGCAGAAGGUGAAGAGCUGACCCUGUUGCUGGAGAAAAAUGAGGGACUUUUUGCAAGCCACUACACUGAGACACAUUACAGGGAGGAUGGAAGUGCGGUCACCGGUGCUCACAACUUCACGAAUAACUGCUAUUACCACGGGGAAGUGCAGCAGCAUCCAAACUCGGAUGUUACCCUGAGUGUGUGCUCGGGUCUUCGAGGCUUCAUUGCACUCGAAAACAAGACAUUUAUCAUUGAGCCUGCGUCUGGCCACCACGCCGGGGCCCACUUCAUCUACCGGGUGGAAGAGCUUAGCCUGACAACUGGAGCUUGCGGCCAUGGCUUCAACCUGUCCUCUGUUGCCCCUGAAAACCAAAUCAAAAGCCCCUUUCAGUCCUUCCACACAAGGCAUAAAAGACAUACUCAGAAGACAACUAAAUACGUCGAGCUGAUUAUUGUUGCAGACAACAGAGAGUUUCAGAAACAAGGGAAGGACUUGGAGAAAGUGAAACAGAGGCUAGCGGAAAUAGCCAAUUAUGUGGACAAGUUCUACAGAGCGUUGAACAUCAGGGUGGCUCUGGUGGGUCUGGAGGUGUGGAGUGACUCUGACAAAUGCCCCGUCACUCAGGAUCCCUUCACCACUCUGCACGAGUUCCUAGACUGGAGGAAAGUAAAACUGCUGCCCCAGAAGCCUCACGACAAUGCGCAGCUCAUAAGCGGGGUUUACUUCCAGGGCACCACUAUUGGCAUGGCGCCCAUCAUGAGUAUGUGCACUGUGGAGCAGUCUGGAGGCAUUGUCAUGGAUCACUCUGAGAACCCGCUGGGUGCAGCUGUGACUUUAGCACACGAGCUGGGACAUAACUUCGGCAUGAACCACGACACCCCCGAGCGAGGCUGCGGCUGCAGGAUGACUGUUGAUCGGGGAGGCUGCAUCAUGACCCCCUCCACCGGGUAUCCAUUCCCAACCGUGUUCAGCACAUGCAGCAAGAAGGACCUCGCAGCCAGCCUGGAGAAAGGCGUGGGCAUGUGUUUGUACAACAUGCCAGAGGUCAAGGUGCUUUAUGGAGGACAGAAGUGCGGCAAUGGCUAUGUGGAGGAGGGAGAAGAGUGUGACUGCGGAGAGCCAGAGUAGUGCAUGAACCCCUGCUGUAAUGCCACCACAUGCACUCUGAAGGGAGACGCCGUCUGCGCCCAUGGACAGUGCUGCCAAGAUUGCAAGCUCAAGCUGGCUGGCACCCUAUGCCGAGAGUCGGGCAACUCGUGCGACCUGGCAGAGUUCUGCACCGGGGCCAGCCCCCACUGCCCGGCCAACGUUUACCUGCAUGAUGGACACGCCUGCCACAAUGUCGAGGGCUACUGCUACAACGGCAUCUGUCAGACUCACGAGCAACAAUGCAUCACCCUGUGGGGUCAAGGAGCCAAGCCUGCCCCCGGGAUCUGCUUCCAGAGAGUCAAUUCUGCAGGUGAUCCUUACGGGAACUGCGGGAAGGACUCCAAAGGCUCGUUUGCCAAAUGCGAUGCAAGAGACGCAAAAUGUGGUAAAAUUCAGUGCCAGGGCGGAGCCAACCGGCCAGUGAUCGGUACAAACGCCGUUUCCAUUGAAACCAACAUCCCGCUGCAAGAAGGAGGGCGCAUUCUGUGCCGAGGGACACAUGUAUACCUGGGUGAUGACAUGCCCGACCCUGGACUCGUUCUGGCCGGAACAAAGUGUGGAGAAAACAUGGUGUGCCUGAACCGGCAGUGCCAGAAUGUCAGUGUCUUUGGCGUGCAUGAAUGCUCCGGGAAGUGCAAUGGACGUGGGAUGUGCGUGUGUGUGUAUUAAUGUGCGUGUUGUCGUAUAUGGCAUCAGCCGACAGUGUGCUCAUUACCGUGGCAAUCCUGGUCACCCUGGUUAGCCUGCUGGUGGCCACCGUCGUCAUCUGUUUGAAGAGGAAGACUCUGCUGGGCCUCUUCAUCAGCAAUAAGAAGAGCACUUUGGAGAAACUCAGGUCUUUGGAAGAAAACAGGCCCACCAGCCCCAUCAGGACUGAGUCCAGGUACCGACCCACUCCCCKACGCAAGCCUCCACCCAAACCCUCCACAGCUAAUAUUUAUAAGCCGUCUCUCCUGAGCGCAGAGCCUCUCCUGCCUCCUCACAACUUCCACUCUCACAGCCUGCGCAGACUGCCCCUGUACCAGCCCCUGCACAUCAGCCACCCCAUGCCCAUGUCGCUGAGCGUCGGCCAGCCCACCCUGCCUCCUCUGCCCUUCGACCACCGAGUCCUUCCCACGCACGCGCCUCUCUCGCCGCCUCACGUGCCACCUUUYCUCAGCCUGCCUCGCAAGCAGUCGUCGUACCGAACAGACCAGGACUUUGACAAGCCCAGUCCACCACAGAAACCGCUGCCUGCGGAUCCCUUAGGAAGGAGCUCUCGAMUGGGUCACUGUGCCACACCAGGAGGGGUCCACAUCUCAGGGACUGGAGCCCUCCCAGUACCCAUCCCCAAAGUGCCCAGACCUCCACCCAGCAUCCCUUUACCCAACAGACCUGUACCAGCGUUGCCCUACAGACCUCCAAAGACUCAGAAGGACUGCUGAGCCCUCGGGCCUCAGAUGAGUGGGACGAUCCCAAAUCAACAAAUGACAAAAACUUUUGUUUUGCACUAUUACCUGAGACUCUUUCGGACCUUUCAGACCGCAGGAAGAGUCGCAGCUUGAAGUGAAAAAGGGGACGAACAUCAUCUCUUGGUGCUAUGCCUCCUAAAUGCGCUUUGUUGUCCUCGCUCAGGUACCAAUGAACUAUUUAUCUAUUAAAUUAUUAACUUUGCCAGUUUGUGCACAGGGAGUGCUUACGGAGAAAGGUGGAAACAUUUUUUUAAAAAGACAGAAAGAAACAUUUUUUUUACAUUCUUUAAUGAUUUUUGUACUUUUUCUUCAAUGAGAUGCUGAGACAUAGUUUAGAAUUUUCUUACCAACAAUUGCUUGAGUUGCUUCAAUGCAAAAAAAAAUUGAAAUGGAGAGUAAAGCUAAAAGGAAACCGAGCACAAGUCAUGGUUAAACUUGUAGCUCAAUAAGCAGUUUUAUUAAGUUAAUGUGAUUUAUUUUAUAGGAUCUUCGGUAUCAUUUAUUUUAUUUUUUUGGCAUGGUGCUUUGAAAUUCAAAUCCAAUCACAGUUUACAACAUAAAGCCAGACAGAAAAAGUGUUUUUUUUUUCUCCUUGUUUAUAUGGGGUUGUUUUGGUUGGCUUAUUUUACAGCCUCCCAGCGAGGCUCUUUAAGUCCUUAUAAGUUCACGUUGUUCCACGCGUCAGACCGGCGCUGACGUUCACCUCGGAGCAUGGAGAAACUGCAGAGUGUCGGUGGAUUUUGACAGACUGAUUGUGUUACAGAGAAUUCCAUAGGCACCAAAUAAUUCACUAUUAACUCCGGUGUUUGUGUGUUGAACAUGUUUUUGUCUCCUGGUGCACGAGCCAAAAUGACCUCACCUCUGUGGUGUCCAACAAAAUGUUCUGUCUUGUUUUGUCUUCUUUUCUUUUUUUCCUCAUUCCUUUUCAGUUUUGUGUUUCUUGGCUGUUUGUGCRUUUACACAUUGUUUGUUUAAUUGAGAGUUAAGAAGUUGUUACUCUGGUGUGAUCAGUUUUUAACGCUGCAGUGUUACAAAAGCUCACAGCAGAAUGAUUGGAGUCGGUGACGCCCCGCAUCGUGUUUGUGUGCAAAAAAAAAAAAAAGGGAAAAAAAAGUGACAGUGAUGCUUUUAUUGUCGACAAAGCGCUCUGAUGUAAUAAAACAGCCCGGCUAAUGGUUCUUUGUUGGAAAAUAUUCAUUGAAAUUUUGUGGAUUCUGUUCAGUGUUUUAGCCAUUUGUAAAUCGUGUAUAAUGUUCAACCAUAUUUUUAAUGUAACAUGUUUUAAAUCACUGUAAAAGUGUAAAUAUUGUGUCAGUUCUUUUCUUUUGUUUUUUUUUUUCUUACAUGCACAGAAAUGUAAUAACUUCUUUACGUCUGUUUCCUAUUUAUAAUGAGUGGUGAGGACAGGACUUUUUUGAUAUUUUCUGCCCACACUCUCACUUCUAAGCCAGACUUGAAAUUCAAGCCAAAUAAAAGUUUCUUUAUGAUGGUUUGAAAAAAAUAAAAACUGUUUUAAUUUUA